UUCAUAACAUACAGCAGCUUCCCUCGGGUAGAGAACAGCAAGAGAUUUCUAUCUCUAGUAGUGAACUAGUUUGUCAAUCUAGCUGAAGGGGCUGGGGAAGAUGAGCAGAGUCAAAAGAGCAAGUGAAAAAGGAUUUGGGAAGUGAAUCCAAGCUACAACCGUGAGGCUGCCCUGUUAGCCCAUUAACUAAAAUAAUUCAGCUACUGAGCAAUCCUACAGGGAAAUACUCUGUAGGGAGGAUAAGGAGAGACCAUGAGAGCUACAAAGGGAUCUCAGCUGUUCAUGUUAAGUGUGGUUCUGGUGACUGCCCAGGCCCUCACUGUGAACACACGGGUCAAGGAAGUAAAGGUAGCACAAGGGACUAACGCCACCCUCCCAUGUGAAUUCCAGACCUCUGUUACCCCCAGCAAUGCAGACUUCGUUACCUGGAGCAAAAUGCCUCAGGAGGAAGUUGUUGUCACAAAGUAUUUUGAUGGCAUUGUGUAUGCUAGCCAGAGUUACGAAGGCCGUCUGCAAUUCCCUAGCACUCCAGUCACAGAUGUUAGCAUCACCCUCCGUGGGGUGACCAUGGCAGACAACGGAACUUACAGGUGCACUGUCCAACUGCGUGACGAGCUUCCCAGUGCCUCUGCAAAGAUAGAUCUUUUGGUCCUUGUGGCUCCAUCCAAGCCAGAGUGUAAAGUCAUAGGGACAUCAGAAUAUGGACAGACCAUCAGCCUGACCUGCAACUCUGAACUGGGGUCUCCAAAACCUGAGUAUACCUGGCAAAGCUUCAGCGUACUGAACCAGCCCCGACCGAUGGUGUCAGCAUCAGGACAACAGAUAACUCUGAAGAAUGUUUCUGCAGACACCUCUGGCUUUUACAUUUGCACUGCCACCAACAGCGUUGGACAGGAGUUCUGCAACAUGACAGUUUCCAUUCUACCUCCAUCCAUGAACAUUGCCCUCUAUGCUGGAGUCAUUGGUGGCAUAGUUGCUGCAAUCAUUGUCAUUGGGAUUUUGGCCUACUGCUGCUGCUGCCGGGGCAGCAAGGACAAUGACUACGAGAUGACUGAGACAGGAGAUGGUGGGAAGGAGCCCGUCAGGAUUCGGGGACCAGCUGAAGAAGAGAUAGAGGAUGAGGAGGAGGAGGAGGAAUAUCGGACAAGAGAAAGGCCACGGACGCCACCCACCAACAAACCACGACUAGAGAUUUCAUACGCUGAGGCAUAGUCACCACCAGAGUGGAAAAGGCAAGGAAGAGAGGACUGAUUUAAGUAAUACUGUUUACUCCCAACUGGUCUGAUCUCAGCUGUGGCAUAGACUGCAAGCUUCCAACGACUGGGGUCCAUUUCUUUAAAUCUUCCUGGGAGGUGCCUAAAGCACAGUAGGCACCACUAUAAAUAAAUAAGUAAAUAAGUCAUAAUGUGGAACCAAAACUUGUUUCUCAGCACUAGAACCUCUGCUUCACCCACAGUAACCCACCUUUCUGCAGAAGAGGCAGUGUCAGGUUUAUUUGGGGAACAAGGGGUAAAUCCAUCAAUGCAAAUUACUCUGUAUCAUUAGAUUCAUGGAUAAUUUCAGAUUCAUUAAUUGGGGGUCAGUGGGAAAGGGCAGAGUAGUUAACUUGGGUACUUUGAUAAACGGCACAGGUUUCAACCAAUAGCAUGCACUGUAUAAGCCCACCAGGCACAAGCACAGUGGCAUUAUGCAGUAUCGGAUCGUUUCAACUUUAAUUUGAUUUUGAGAAGCAAGCAAGUUUAGAAAAUGUCAGGUUUCUUCUUAAGCGUUCACUAAAUGAGGCUUUUGUAUAUAAUCAAAAUAUAGAACAAAAAUAUAGAAGACGAUUGUAGCUGAUUGCUAGGAGACUCCGCUGGGAACAGCUAUUGCAUUGGUACUAAUGGGAUGUCUAAAACCACCAGAACUGACCAUUUGAUCUUACUUUUUGUACUUGCAAAGCUUUUUUGUACUGUAUAGGCAUUGUCUGCAGCAGCUGGGAGGUCUAACAGUCAAUCCAUCGCCACCUCACUCCAUUUGCCUUUGCACAGAACAGACCUAUUCCCUCCCAAAGGGAUUCUAAAUGUGCAUUUUCAUGUCCCAUCCCAGAGUCCUCUAUCCUCUGCUUACUCCCUCACCCCAGAAACAGAAGGGGCAGACAGUGGACCAUCUGCCCUUCACACAUGUAGUGGUCAGGAGAAGGGAGAAAACAUGGCAGUUAGUAUCAGAGGGGUAGCCAUGUUAGUCUGUAUCCACAAAAACAACGAG